UAUGUCGGUAUGUAAAUAUUGAAUAACUUUGUCAUUAGUGUACCGAUUGACUUGAGUAGACCAGUGUUGAAAACCUCAGUUCAGCACAAUUUUAAUCAUGAAUCGCUUCACUCCGAAAGAACGCUCUGAAAUAGUGACGCUUUACAUUGAAAACAGUCGUUCAGUUGUGUUAACUCAACGUGCAUAUCGUCGAAAAUAUCGCAACAAACAGGCACCAUCUGACAACACUAUUCGUCGUUUGUUCUCAAAUUUUGUUGAGCACGGUACAGUGGAAGAUCGCCCACAUGUUGUUCAUAAACGACCAAUACGUUCCAAUGAACUAAUUGAAAUGGUAAGAAAGAGUGUUGCCCAGGACCCAAAUGUGUCGUAUCGCCACCGUGCUCAGCAUUUUAACGUCAGUGGAACCACUUUGCGGCGCAUUUUAAAGGACGUGCAAGAUGGAGCACCCUGUAGCGAAAUGAUGGCAGCCAUUGUGAGGCCUGGCAUCUUCAGACAUGUUAUGUGCCGCAACAAUCUAUAUCCGCGGAGCGGAGUGCUGCGUUAUCCAGUGCCAGACGAGUUGGUGUAUUGGUCGGAGGAUUAUGGAGAGUACUGUCCGCCAUUUUAUACAGCUCCUCACAUAAAUGGACAGGUCUGGGCAGAUGCGCCGUUGCCCAGUGAAACCUUCAAGCCACAAUGGAAUCAGUUAGAUGGGAACGUAAAUCGUGUCUCCUAUCAUGGGGCCUAUCACAUUAAGGAUGGACUGCCACGAAAUCCAAUUGGACGGACUGGCAUAAGCGGUCGCGGCUUAUUGGGACGGUGGGGGCCUAAUCAUGCUGCCGAUCCCAUAGUUACUCGUUGGAAACGCAAUGACAGUGGCGGCAUGGUGAGCGAUUCGAAGACCGGAAAGAAUAUUCUACAGAUGGUGGCCAUACAACGGCAAGAUAACAAAUUAUGGGCUAUUCCUGGCGGUAUGGUGGAUCCUGGCGAGAAUGUUAGCGUCACACUCAAACGUGAAUUCACCGAAGAGGCACUGAACUUCACCGAUAAGGGCCUUAUGGUGGAGGAGUUCUUUAAAAGUGGCGGUGUCCAAGUCUACAGUGGAUAUGUCGACGAUUUCCGCAACACAGACAACGCCUGGAUAGAAACAAUGGCACUACAUUUCCACGACCAGGAUGGUACCAAAGUUGGCCAACUGAACUUGACAGCCGGCGAUGAUGCAAUGAAUGUGCGUUGGACAGAUGUGGACGGAUCCCUAAAGCUGCAUGCUAACCAUGCUGACAUGGUCAAAGAAGUGGCCAUCAGAUUGAAUGCCCACUGGUAAAAUAAAAAUUUCAAUAGGUUAUUUUUUUAAAAUUAACAUAACCUUAUAAGUCGCAAUUAAACAUCUUUUCUCGUAAGAUUAAAUUA